UUGCUGUCCCCCAGGGCACGUUCAAAGUUGUUUUUCAGAGCUGAAAGCAACGUUCAUCUUUAAUACUAUGAUUAGAAUUUUGAUGCCAAAGGCAGUGCUGAAAGCUGCAGUAACCUGGGUGGCUGCUGUGGCUUUAAAGAGAGUUGACCCAAAGAUUCGCAGGUAAACAAGCCAAGUUUCAGUUAUGAAUUCAUGUGCAACAGGGUGGGAAAAAAACACCUCAGUUUGAUCUUUAGGGAUCUGUUCAUGGCAGUGAAGCCUGAGUAAUCUGAUCAAAAACUCACAAAGCUCUGUCAUUCUGCUUGUGAGUUCAUGUGAGUUCAGCUGAUUUUGAUUUUGUCUUACAGACAUUAGACACGCUCACCAUCAACUUCUAACAUGCACUUUUGAAUCCUCCGUCAAGCCUUGUUUUUAGUUUUUUUUCUUUUCUAGUUGUUACAGUGGCCCACCCAGUUGUUUAUACUGGGUUUAUCCUCUUAAACAUUGAGAGGAGAGAGUGUUUGAACCACACCCCACCUUAAAAAAACAUACCUCUCUUAUCAUAACACAUUAGCCAUUUCCAUGAUAUUAUUGAAGUCUAAGAUGAUGCUGCAGAGUCUGUCCGCUGAAAGCAACAGAAAGCUACAAACUCCAGAUGACAUUAAGUAACUGCUUAAACAGUAGUUAAGAAAGCGUAUCUGCAGUCCUUGUAACCAAGGGAAUAUAAAAAAACCACAUGAUAAUAUUUGGAAGAGAAAACCUUUGGCCCAGACAGCACAAACACAUCCAACCAAGGCUGUCAUUGAGCAAGUCUGCACAAAGAGUGAGAGAGUGUUCAGGGACACGGGCUUCACAUUCAUUACAGUGAAUGUAACUUCUCAUUACAGGACCAUUCACACAAACACACACACACACUCAGGUCCUGUCACUGUGUCUCCCUGAACAUUCCCUCCGCAGCUUGUGUUGCUGCCUGUUUGAAAGCAGAUCAGUAAUCCUGGAUCAGAGAGUACAAAGGGACCCCAGAGCGUUGGUGAUGCAAGCACUGUGUCCAGUGUCCAGCGCUUACCCCACAUGCUGCCUGGGAGGGGCCGAGGUGGGACAGGGAGAAACGUCCCUGCCGUGACUGACCCUGAAGACAAGCGAACGCUGAUACCGGCAGGCCAACCGGCAGCCUGUCUGCUCUGUCUCGGGGGCCUGCUGCCGAUGAUCUGGGACACAGUGGGAAGUGCUCUCCAGCUCGCUGUGGAGGAAUGCAGCUAAGCUGUGAGGAGUGGUGGACUGUGUGACCGGGCAAACAGAGUGACUUACAUAUACUGUGCUUCAUUCAGGGAAGGCCACGUUGCUGCAGAUGUCCAUGGACUCGCUGCAGGACUCCAGUCACACAAUGUGGGGCCUGAAUGCUCGCUUGAAGAGCUUCUUGGAGCAGGUGAACCGGCUGCAGGAAGAAAACCAGCGGCUGGAGGCUCAGAUAGCCAGCUGGGGGGUCAGGAACACCGCGCGUUCCCAGGACUGGUCCAAACAGGAACAGACCGUCAAGGAGCUCCGUGCCCAGGUCGGUAAACUACUGAUGGAGAAUGCUCAGCUGGCUUUAGAGUCUGACAGCAUGAAGUCCAGAGCGGCUGCCAUCCAGGCCAGGUGCGAGACCGAAGAGAGGAACACCAGGCGUCUGGAGGAAGAGGUGGCUCUGCUCAGGGAGACCAAGAGGACGGCAGAUCACAGCAGCAUGAUACUGCAUGCAGAGGUUCACCGCUCCAUGACAGAGCUGCAGGAGAUGCACCGGGAAUUUGAGGCAGCCCGGGCUCUGCAGCUGCAGCGGGCCAGCUCCUGUGAUGCUCUGUUAGCGACGGCCACGGCAGCAGCAGCAGCAGCAGGAGGAGGGGAGGAGGAGGAUGGCACAGGGAUGGAGCUCACCCAGCUCCUCGACCGAAUCAGAGCGCAGUGCGAACAGAGCAGACUCCCCAGCCCGGGGGAGAGACACCUCGGCCUGGGCGCCAUCUCAAAUCCAGCCCCCGGCUUGGUCGGGCCUCCUCAUGCUGGAGCUGGAGCAGCAGCAGCAUCCAGAACACACAGAGGAGCCCUCAGCGAGGAGGAGGCAGCGUGGGCGCAGGUGAGCCUCGGCGGCGCCGCCCUGAGGGAGGCACGGGCCGAGCUAGCCGAGGCCAGGAAGCAGUGGCACUCGCUGCAAGUGGAGAUUGAGACCCUACAUGCUUUGGAGAAAGGCCUGGAAACGUCCCUCCAGCACACCCAGAGGCUCUACUCCAGCCAGCUGCAGGAUCUUUCCCAGGUGAUCGCUGGGCUGGAGAGCGAGCUCGAGCAGGUGAGGAGCGGGUUGGCCACCCAGCGUCAGCGCCACAAUCAGCUUCUCAACACUAAGAUGAGGCUGGAGAGAGAGAUUGCUACUUACCGCCGUCUGCUGGAGCGCGAGGAGGGAAGAUACAUGGGUCGUACUGCACAGCCGAUGGUUCUGCGGCCAUGGAGGUCUUCAGUCGUGGAGCCAAAGGAGAAUGGACUUGAAAAUGGUUUCAGUGACCUCGCCGUUACUCCCGACGAACCCAAGUCAGAGCCCCUCCCUGACAUACCUUCACUCCUCCCAACAGAAAAUGGGCUGAAGAAAAGCAUACUGUACAGACAGCGAAGCCUGGUGAUACUCACAGAGCCAGAACUAGAUAAGGACUUGCCAAUCUCCACUGUGAAGACUCAGGAGAUUCUUCAAGGCAAUGUGGUGCAAGAAAGCGCGGAGGGUCACGGCACCAUUGAGACAGAGAAGAUUGAUAAGGUGAUAAAGCAGUGGGAGGGCUCCUUCUUCAGGGGGAAUCCCAAGCUGAGGAAGAAGUCCGUGUCGCUGCGCUUCGACCUGCACAUGGCCGCGGCGGACGAGGGGUGCGCCCAAACUAAACAGGACAGCCUCCCCGACGUGGAGGUGCGUCUCAUCAUGAAGAGAUCCCGCAGCAUCCCGACCAUCACGCAGUAACUCGCUCACCGUUGGGCCCGAGCUGACACCGGUUUGCGGUAACAGAAAUAACAUUUGUGCCGCGACGGUGGGCACGUUACCACCCGUCACCAUCGUGCUUAAUCUGAAGUUUAGCUGAUGAGCUCCCAUCAGAUCUCAUCUUUGACAGGACGAUCAUUAACCAUCAGGCUUUUGUGGUGACCAUUUUUAUAGUGUCAGAAAGACUUACAGUCAUUACUUCACAGAGGAUAAGUAUUUAAUAUGUAAAACAUAUUUCUGCGUCAUCAUUUUAGAUGAAGAAAAGCUUUCUUUGAACACUUUGUUUCAGUUAGGUUUCACUGGAUUAAAGACAUCAUAACAAUGACUCUGCUUAACUACAGCAUUUAACCCUGAUUAGCACCUGGUACAGGAAGCUGAGAGCACAGGUAGACUUGGAUGGAUGGAGACACAGCACUAAGAGCUGCUGUGAACUACCUAAGAGUGGAUUUUCAUGUUUUGGUAGAUUUUCUGUGAGGGGCUGUAUGAAAAUUACAAAGUUUUGUUUUUUAUUUGUUUUUUUGUAGGAAUGACACAUAAAAUUUGUCAAUGUCGCAGAAUUGUUCAACUCCAGAGCAAAACGUGUGUAAAAACAUCAAUAAAUAGAUCAGAAUUGGAAAAUUGAUGGAAGAAUUUGGGAAAUUUGCCAUUUUCCCUUUUGAUAUGUGCAUCGGUGACCACGUGAAAGUUAUUUUCUCAUCAGAUCAUUAGCAUUUAAUUUAGAAGACAGUGUUAGUCUUUAAUCCUUCCACCGUGAGGUUUCUGCACUGGGAGAAAUUUUUAUCUGUUACAAAAGUGCAAUUUGCACCAUUUUUCAAAAAAACGUACACACUGACCAAAGAAGCCGCCUGAUAUUAUUCUGACUGAAAUAAAAAUGCAAUCAAAGUGUAAUUUAAAUAGCACUUUUAAAAUAGAGUUUACAAAGUGCAAAAGAAAAAAUCUGAGAAGGAAAACUUCUACUGAAAGUCACAUGAUGGACAAAAGAAUCACUGUGAUGGCUUUCAAAUGUUUCUCCUGCAUUAGGCACCAGUUAGUUUAACCUGUGGCCUAAUCAGAUUUUUAGGAGGGCCAUCUGAGAGCUAAACCUACGUCUAUUAACCAGCCGAUAUUCGUUAACACUGGAUGGUUAGUAGAUGGACAUCCAGUCCCAUCAGGUAACUUUUAAUCGUGCAGCACACUUGAAAAAAACAGAAGUUGACCCAAAGGAAGACCAAAUGAACAGCCCAGUUCUUUAUGGGCAGCCCCAAAGUGCUUUUCAGUUAUUCUGUGUAUAAAAAUGGAUGCGUUAGAGGCAGUACUGAGCAGGAAGUGCAGGUGAUCAGGUGAGAAAUCAAAAGGUAGCGAAUAAAACAGCGACAGGAAAAAUAUAAAAAGAAUU